AUGUCUCAAAACAACAAAGGCUCAGGUGAAAAAGUCACCACUUCUCAAGGUUAUCCAUUACCAAAUCCUUUUGAAACUCAAAGAAUUGGAAAUCAUGGUCCCCUAUUAUUACAAGAUUUUAAUUUAAUUGAUUCAUUAGCUCAUUUUGAUAGAGAACGUAUUCCUGAAAGAGUUGUUCAUGCAAAAGGUUCUGGUGCUUAUGGGUUUUUUGAAGUUACUGAUGAUAUUUCAGAUGUUUGUGGGUCUGGGUUUUUAGAUACUAUUGGUAAAAAGACUAAAGCUCUUGUUAGGUUUUCCACUGUUGGUGGUGAACAAGGUUCUGCAGAUGCUGCAAGAGAUCCAAGAGGUUUUGCAAUUAAAUUAUACACGGAAGAGGGGAAUCUUGAUUGGGUUUAUAAUAAUACACCAGUUUUCUUUAUAAGAGAUCCAAUUAAAUUCCCACAUUUUAUUCAUACUCAAAAAAGAAAUCCUCAAACUCAUUUAAAAGAUCCAAAUAUGUUUUGGGAUUAUUUAGUUCAAAAUCAAGAAGCUAUUCAUCAAUUUAUGAUUUUAUUUUCUGAUAGAGGUACUCCAGCAACUUAUAGACAUAUGAAUGGGUAUAGUGGUCAUACUUAUAAAUGGUCAAAUGCUAAAGGUGAAUGGAGAUAUAUUCAAGUUCAUUUAAUUAGUGAUCAAGGUAUCAAGACUUUGAAUAAUGAAGAGGCUGGUUCAUUAUCUGGUUCAAAUCCUGAUCAUGCACAAGAGGAUUUAUUUAAUUCAAUUGAAAAAGGUGAUUCUCCAUCAUGGACUGCAUAUAUUCAAUCAAUGACUGAGGAAGAAGCACAAAAUUUACCAUUUUCAGUUUUUGAUUUAACAAAAGUUUGGCCACAUGAUCAAUUCCCAUUACGUCGUUUUGGUAAAUUAGUUUUAAAUGAAAAUCCAGAAAAUUAUUUUGCCGAGAUUGAACAAGCCGCGUUUAGUCCUUCACAUACAGUACCAUAUCAAGAAGCUUCAGCAGAUCCAGUUUUACAAUCUAGAUUAUUUUCAUAUCCAGAUACUCAUCGUCAUCGUCUUGGUACAAAUUAUGCACAAAUUCCAGUUAAUUGUCCAUAUGCAAAAACUUUUAAUCCAAUUUUAAGAGAUGGUGCCAUGACUAUUAAUGGGAAUUAUGGUUCAAAACCAAAUUAUUAUUCUGGUACAGUUCCAACACCAGUUGAAUAUACACCACAACCAAAAGUUAAUUAUCAAUCAAAUCAAGAAUAUUGGCAAGGUACAGCUCAACCAUUCCAUUGGAAAGUUGAAGGAGAUAUUGAUUAUGUUCAAGCUAGAGAUUUAUAUAAUAAAGUGCUAAGUAAAACACCAGGUCAACAAGAAAAUUUAGCACAUAAUAUAUCAGUUCAUGUCUGUGGGGCAAAACCUGAAAUUCAAGAUGAAGUUUUUAAAUUAUUUAAUAAAAUUUCCAAAAAAUUAAGUGAAGAUAUUCAAAAAGAAGUUUUUAAAUUAAGUCCAAGAUCAAAUUAUCAACAAACUACUUCAUCAAAUGCUUCAGGUAAAUGUCCAUAUGGUCAUUCAAAAUUAUAA